AUGGGAAACAUUCUGUGUGACGGCAGCCCAAUUGAGUCGGAUCCCCGGUACCGCUUCCAGGGCCGACAAUGGGAGACCUCCAUGAUGGACGCCCCCUGCAACAACUGCAAGGGCUGCUUCCUGGCCAUGUUCUGCCCGUGCUGCUUUGCGUACCACCUUCGUGUGCUCGCCCUCGAGGGCCGCAUGGAAAACUACUCUUGCUGCCAGGGCUACCUCUGCCCAACGUGCACGUCCAAAUGCAUCCCUGGCCAGGACUCGUGCCCGGAGUUUUGUCUGUGUCUUGAGGUCACGCUGUGUGAGAACUUUGCCAUCUCCUCCACGCGCUUCUACAUCCAGGACCAGCGCCAGAUCAUGACUGACCCAUGCGACAACCGCAUCAUUCGGUUCAACAACUGCGUGCAGAUUCUGUCGUUUGUGUGCCACAUCCUGGCCAUCUUCUUCCGCGAGCUGCGCCACCUCGCCCACCUCCUCGACCUCUUUGCAGACCUCGUCUACUGCAUGGUGCAGGCGUGCAUGCAGGCGCAGACGCACCACGAGCUGACGCUGCACCCGACGGCCGUCGACUAUGGCCAGGCGCCGCGCACCAUCACGCAGCAGCCCACCGCAUCAGACAAGGCCCCGCUCAUGGGACACCAGGCCCCGCCCGCAUACAGCGAGUGA